GGCGGAGGGGAGGGGAGGAGCGGGGGCUGGUCGUGUGAGUUCAGGCGGGUCGGGUCAGUGCUGGAAACUCCAGGUCCUGGAGGCUGCUGAGCCCAGAGCCAGAGGGAGAGCGAGAGGCUCCUGGGCACGCUCCCCUGUCCCCCCCCCCGCCCCGGGUGCCCACCGUGGAAGUGCAAUAAGGGAGCUCGGGGCGCCGGGAGUAAACUUCGUUUCCACAGGCUCGGAAAGUUUCCUAUGUGACCCGCUUCUGUGCCAACAUGAAAGACGACUUUGCAGAAGAGGAGGAGGUGCAGUCCUUUGGUUACAAGAGGUUUGGUAUUCAGGAGGGGACUCAAUGUACCAAAUGUAAAAAUAACUGGGCACUGAAGUUCUCCAUCAUAUUACUAUAUAUUUUGUGUGCCUUGCUAACAAUAACAGUAGCCAUUCUGGGAUACAAAGUUGUAGAAAAAAUGGACAACGUUACAGGUGGCAUGGAGACAUCCCACAGAAGAUAUACUGAAAAACUCACAGAAGUGGAGAGUGGUCUGAAGAAAUUAGAUGAUGAAACUGGACAAAAAGAUAUGAGCACUAACAAAGAACUUUCUAGCUUCAGAUCUGAUAUUCUGGCUCUUCGCCAGCAGCUUCAGGAGAUUGCAGAGAAAACCACCAAAAACAAGGAUACACUGGAGAAGCUACAAGAUUCUGGAAACGUAUUAGAUGACAGGCAGAGCCAAAUGAAAGGUGUCUUGGAUAGCAACUCUUUCAUGAUCAUCAGUGUCAAUAAAACUCUCCAAGCAUACACUGGCUAUAUCAACAAUCUCCAACAAGACACAAGUAAUAUCCAAACAAAUUUGCAAAGCCAAAUGCAUUCUCAUAAUGUGGUCAUCAUGAAUCUAAACAACUUAAAUCUGACACAAGUUCAGCAAAGAAAUCUUAUCAGUGUUUUGCAGAGGUCUGUGGAUGAUACAAGUCAGGCUAUCCAAAGAAUCAAGAAUGACUUUCAAAAUCUGCAACAGGUUGUCCUUCAAGCACGAAAGGACACUGAUUGGCUUAAGGAGAAAGUGCAAAAUUUACAGAUGUUAGCAGUCAACAACUCAGCCUUAGCCAAAGCUAAUAAUGAUACACUUGAAGACAUGAACAGUCAACUUAGCUCAUUCAGUGGGCAAAUGGAGAACAUCACUACAGUUGCACAAGCCAAUGAACAAAAUCUUAAGGAUCUGCAGGAGCAUCAUAAAGAUUAUGAGAACAGAACUUCUGCCAAGUUUAACCAGCUAGAAGAGCGCUUUCAGCUCUUUGAGACAGAUAUAGUCAAUAUCAUUAGCAACAUCAGCUAUACUGCGCAUCACCUGCGGACACUGACUAGCAAUCUCAAUGAGGUCAGGACAACUUGUACAGACACCUUAAGUAAACACACAGAUGACCUGACUUUUAUGAACAACACGCUAGCCAAUAUUCGUUUAGAUUCUACAUCUCUCAGGAUGCAACAGGAUGUGAUGAGAUCAAGAUUAGAUAUUGAAGUUGCAAAUUUAUCACUAAUUAUGGAAGAAAUGAAGCUGGUAGAUUCCAAACAUGGUCAGCUCAUCAAGAACUUCACAAUACUGCAAGGACCUCCAGGUCCAAGGGGACCUAAAGGGGAGAGGGGACCCCAAGGGCCUCUUGGUCCCACUGGUCUAAAAGGGCAAAAAGGAGAAAAAGGUGAGCCAGGGCCACCAGGACCUGCCGGUGAAAAGGGCCCAGUUGGGCCAAUCGGGCUACCAGGAGAAAAAGGUGGGAAAGGUUCAAGAGGAUCACCUGGCUCCAAAGGUCAGAGAGGUUCUACUGGCAAGACUGGUCUGCCAGGACCUAAUGGAGACCCUGGACCACCAGGACCACCUGGCAAAGAUGGUCCUCCAGGUCCACAAGGUCCACCUGGAUUUCAAGGAUUGCAAGGAACUGUUGGAGAGCCCGGGGUACCUGGACCUCGAGGACUGCCUGGUCUGCCUGGCAUACCAGGGAUGCCUGGGCCGCCUGGGCCACCUGGGCCACCAGGUCCAGGGAUGCCUAUGGCACUGAAAAGUGAGCCAACAUCAAUACCUGAGGCGAAUGGUUGUUCUGCUCACUGGAAGAACUUUACAGAAAAAUGCUACUACUUUUCAUCUGAAAGAGAAAUUUUUGAAGAUGCAAAAGUUUUCUGUGAUGAGAAGUCCUCACAUCUGGUUAUCAUAAACAACAAAGAGGAGCAGCAAUGGAUAAAAAGGCAGAUUGCUGGGAAAGGCAACUUCUGGAUUGGGCUCACAGAUUCAGAGCAAGAGAAUGAGUGGAGAUGGCUGGAUGGAACCUUACCAGAGUACACAAACUGGAAAAGUGGGCAGCCUGAUAACUGGAGUACUGGACAAGGGCCAGGGGAAGAUUGUGCUGGAUUAAUCUCUGCUGGGCUCUGGAAUGACUUUCAAUGUGAAGAUGUUAACAGUUUUAUUUGUGAAAAAGACAUGGACAAAGCCUAGGCACCUGGAUUGUAAUAGGCUGUGAAUUUAGAGACACAAAUACAAAUUACUUAAAAAUCCUAUGGGACUUCAUCAUCUCCUAACAAAAUUGAAAAGGAAGCACUGAAAACUGAUUUAAUGCAAAAAAAGAAUUCAGCCGCAACUCGUCUUUGCCAUCUUGUGAUUAUUCAAGGAUUCUGGACCCAUAGCAAAAUGCAUUUAUUGGAAAUGCAAUUGGACUGAAUCAGUUACAUAUUUUUGUCAACCAGUGACCAUACAAGUGUACAAGUUUUGUCUUCAAAAACAUGAAAUUAGCAGUCUGAGUAAGACUCUUGGUCAUUGAGCUAUAGGAAAUACGUAUAAAGCUACAGUGUAAACAGUACAUUUCAUUUGCUAAAAUCCCAAAUAUAGGAAAAUUACACAGAUACACACAUAUAGUAUAUAGAUUUUAUAUAAAUAUAUAUAUAGUCAAGUUCUUAUCGAUAAUAUGGAAUAUACUUUUAAGAGCUUUUAAAACUUUGUAUUUUUGUACAAAAUAUUUGCUUUUUACAUUUGUUCUUUUUUAUUGUCUUUUUUUUUUUAAACAAAUAUAGUACACGGGCCAAAGAAAACAGUAAAGGUACUAAUAAUAAUUCAGGCUGUUGUCAGACUUAGCUCUGCUAAGCUAUCAAAAAAUAUUUUCCAGUUUAAAAAAAAUGUUUUUUUCCCAGAUGAACCACUCUGGUUAAAUAACUUUGAAGCUGAUUUUAGACAGUAUUUUUAUGCAAGUCUACUCUGUGUGAGUAACAGCUAAGUAGAUCAGGGACUAGAUAUUCAUGAUAGCCGUAAUCACAGCCAGUGAACCAUCAAUGCACUGCUGUACUAUAUGGGUCAUGUUAACACAAGACACUAAUGUCUGCCUUACUUCACUCCCUUCCUCCCUCCCUGUCUACAGAAAAAUAUCACAGAAUUAAGUCACUAGCUUUUUAAAAUGUUUUAAUUAUUCCUCUAUUAAAAAGCGUUUUUUAGGAGCUCAGCCAUAACAGGUGCUGCUUACUACUGAAAGUCAAACUAAGAAGACAUUAAAAGACAUUUAUAAAACAGAAACAAAAAAUGUAAGCAUACUGAAAUGUGGUGGGGUUUUUUAAACUGGAUUUCAAAAUGUGGUAAUAAAACAUUGUGUAUUCUAAAAGGUCAAGUCAACCUGUAUUUCUCUAAAAUGUUUUAAUGUAAAUUAAUCUUAUGACUUCCUUGGCCCAAUCCUCCCCUGCCAAAAAAACCUAGCAAAAUUAAGUAUGCUACCACCAGAAUUUAGUAUGGUUAAUGGAUGAUAUCACUGUCCAACCCACUUCCUCCAUAUCCCUAAAGAGCUGUUGCCUAGACAGCAGCAGCACUGCCUAUCUUAAACCAACAAAAAAUAAACAAACAGUUAAAGUUUAUUAGCAGAAUCCAUGUGAUUUGGUUUCUAUUUUGUGUAUUCUCUGUGAGGCCACAUGCUUACACCAUCGUGUAUGUCCUUUUGGACCCUUUUGGAAUAGAGUUGUUUUUUUACUGCCUCGUGACCUCCAGUUUACCUUGGUUGAGUAUGCAUAAGCCUGCUGAAAUACUCCAGCUCUGCUGGAAGGAGACAAGAUUUUGUACUUCAUAUUUUCUGGCAUUGCUUAUAAGUGUAACCAAUUAAAGAUCCUUGCCUUACUGGCUCUAGAGCUCCCAGGGCCUAAAUUCCA